AUGUCGCAGAGGGACCUGUGUGUAGCCGCUGUUCUGCUGCUGCUCUGCAUUCAGUGUCUGCAUGGCUCGGCUCUUCCCGCUGUGUCCUCCUACGAGUUCACAGCUUACAGGAUGCAACAGUACGACUUGGCACAACAGAAGCAUGGUUGCCGUGGAGCCAUCGUGGUGGCGGAGGCACGCUCAGCAGACGAGCCAGUGCUGACCCGCCGCUGUGUCAUCAUGAAGGUCAUGGACUUCACUACAGAAAAGUUCUUGGAGGCUCAGAGACAAAAUGCUGCCGCCAUUCUGGUCCUUCUGCAGAAAAAUAUCUCCAACAUCCCUCAUGACACCAUACAGUCCUUCAUGAUGAGCGAGAGUGCAGUCCUCCUGAAGGAGACCCUCAUGCCUGUGUAUGUGGCACCUGAGGAUGAACAGCUGCUUUACAUGUACGAGGAGGUCAAGCAGGCUGCAGCCACACGGACCUCAUCUGUGUUCAUCAGAGUCCUGCGUAGUAUGGUCACAGCCACAGCCUUUCAGAUCUUAGUGAGCAACAACGUCGCUAUAAAGGCUUUCAAUGACAACGCCAUAAUCACACUUGAGGGAGUUCUUCCAGGAGCGGGUGAGGAUCCGCCCACUAUCGUCAUCACUGCCCACUAUGACUCCUUUGGGCUGGCACCAUGGUUGUCGUAUGGAGCCGACUCCAAUGGCAGUGGGGUCACCAUCCUGCUGGAGUUGGUGCGUCUCUUUCAGAAGCUUUACAGCAGUUCCAGCACCAGACCACCAUAUCAUUUAAUGUUCUCUUUAACUGGAGGAGGAAAAUAUAAUUUCCUUGGCACUAAGAGAUGGAUUGAAGAAAAUCUGGACCAUGCUGAGUCCAGCCUGCUCCAUGACAAUGUGGCGUUUGUUCUGUGUUUGGACACACUGGCCAACAGUGAUGAACUGUACAUGCAUGUGUCCCGCCCUCCUAAACCCGACACUCCCAUGCAUGCUUUCAUCCAACAGCUGGAGGAGGUGGUGUUGUCCAGAUUUCAGUGGGUGAAGGUAGGAAUGGUCCACAAGAAGAUCAAUCUUAUAGAGUCCACAGUAGCCUGGGAGCAUGAGCGCUACAGUCUACGCAGGAUACCGAGCUUCACUCUGUCACACCUGGAAGACCCCAAAUCUGAGCUCAGAGGCUCUGUACUGGACACCACGUCACAAGUGGACCUCAGGAAACUUAAACGCAAUGGCAUCAUCAUAGCAGAAGCACUGGCGCGUUAUAUGUACAAUCUCUCUGACAAGGGUUCGCCAAAAGAUAUUCAGCUUUUCAAAGGCCAGAUGGACUUCCACGAUGCCCGUAUGUCCCACCUGAUGUCUGUCCUGACAUCUGUCCCUCGAGCCACCCAGCUGUUGGACAGGGAGCCCGCUCACAUGGUGCUUGUUAACUCACUGGAGCACGAAUUCAAACAAUACCUGCAGCAAGUUCACAGACACACCUUCAGACAGGACAAGAGGGAUCCUGACAUUACCUUUUAUGAUCAAAUGAACCAACCAAUAGUGAUGUACAGAGUUAAACCUGCAGCUUUUGAUCUCUUCCUUGGCGGCUGUAUUGCUGCCUACUUGGGGAUUGUUUAUUAUGCCAUUCAGAACUUUGGGUUUCUCUACACAAAGCUCAAAGCAGCAGUGAAGUCCAAGCAGCAGUAAAUAAGACCGUGAAUGCCGGGUGUCUGUGACAAGGGGAUUUGAAGUCUGCGUUGUGCUUGUUGGACCUCUGCUUCACAGCCAAGACUAAAAAGCAAUGCAAAGAGAAUGAGUCUAUUUUUUCUUUUGUACAUCUUACACUACAUACAUACAUUCACUGUGAUGUAAACAAUUUAUUAAUUGAACUCUCUCAGUUUUGUUAUUUCAAAGAGAUGUAACAUAAAAACACUGAAUAAAGAAAGGUGUUCUGGA